AUGGCAUUCAAGGAUUGGGGCAUCAGCCCCAUGCUGAUGUUCUCUGUUGGCGUCUUGGUCUUGUCGGCUUUUAAUUAUGGCUUCAGUGACCAAGCUUUCUCCACAGGUCAGGCUAUGGACUCUUUUGAGCACCAGUUUGGUUAUUAUGAUGCGGCGAAGGACAAGUGGGCGUUGAAGCCACUUUUCAAGUCUCUCUAUAAUAGUUGCAAGGCUGGUGGACAGAUUAUUGGUGUCUUUUUCGGUGGCUAUGUGAGCAACACCUAUGGACGUCGGAUGUGUGUCUUUAUUAUGAGUAUAUAUGCACUCGGUAGUACAUCUGUCGUGGUUAGCUCUUCGACAGAAGCUCAGAUUCAAAUUGGCAGAGCCUUACAUUAUAUCUAUCUCGGUAUGCAGAUGGCCGUCAUUCCCACCGCUCUUAGUGAGCUCGCACCCGCCAAAUUUCGUGGUGGAAUGGGAGUCCUUUACUGGUUGAGCAUCAAGUGCGGCGGCCUUCUCGUGACAGGCAUUGCCCGCGGAACUGAAAAUAUCACAUCCAACGCCGCAUGGAGAAUCCCCUUCGGUCUUAUCCUCGUCAUUCCCUCCAUAAUCUGCUGUGCAGUCUGGUUCACCGUUGAGCCGCCGAGAUGGUUUCUCCUCCGCGAUCGUCCGGAAGAAGCAUUCCAAGCUCUCAGACGCCUCAAACCAAACAUGCCCGAUGAGGAGCUCCGUCAGGAGUUUGACAUUCUUUCCUACAGGGUUUCUCAGCAGCUUCAGAAGCGCAGUUUCAAAGACCUGUUCACCAAGGAGAACCGCCAGCGCACUUUCGUCGUCGCUGCUUGUAACUUUUUCCAGCAAGCGACCGGUCAAGCGUUUGCGUCGCAGUACGGUACUCUCUUCGUGAAACAGCUGAACACCAUCAACCCAUUCAGCGUCACACUAGGUACCAAUGCGGUUGAUAUUGGAGCAAUCAUCAUUUCGGCCCUGCUCAUUGAUCAAGUCGGGCGCAGAAUAAUGUUUUCUGUCAGCUCGACCAUGCAAACAGUCUUCCUAAUGACAAUGGGUGGCCUUGGAACCGCCGAUUCAAGCAACAUCGACGCCAAAAAGGGAAUCGUGGCUAUGUUGCUUCUAUAUAGCUUCAGUUGGUCCCUCGGAUGGGCACCCCUCACCUACGUGAUCGGUGCAGAGCUUCCUUCGGCGCCUUUGCGAGAGAUGACGCUGCAAAUCGCUUAUACCCUCAAAUUGGUUACUGAAUUUGCUGUGACUUUCUCCUACCCGUACAUGGAAACUGCCGACACACCUGGCCAUGUCUAUUUGGGCGGUAAGCUCGGGUUUAUCUACGGCUCUAUCUCGUUUUUGGCUAUCAUCUUUGGGUUCUUGUUCAUUCCUGAGACUAAGCGCAUGGAAUUGGAGGAUAUUGAUAAGCAGUUUUCUGUUCCUUCGAAAGAUGAUCUCAAAAUUGCUGAGAAUCAGGCCUAUGAGGAGGAGACUACCAUCAGCGAGGUACCUAAAUAG